AUGUUUUUACCAUCAAACAAUAAGAAACUGGUAAACAUUUCGAUAAUAACUCUUAAAGUUGAUAAUUUUACUUAUGAAUUAGCAGUGUAUCCUAAUAAAUUGUAUGAGUACUUUAAUGAUACUUGUACAGAUUAUAGUGAGAUAUUACAUAAUGAUUGUAUUUAUAGAAACAUAUCUAAAGGUGAAUUAUGCUCAUACAAAGAAAUAGACUAUCUUAAAAAGAGUAAAAAUAUUAUUGAUCCUAUUAAGUAUAUUUUAGAUAAUGGUUAUGAAAGAAAACAUUCCAAAACUAAAGAAUAUGAAAUAGAACAGAUUGAGAAGGAAGUUAUAGAAAUUUUAAGUAGUAAAAUUUUAUACAAUAAUAGUUUAGUUGAUAAAGAUACACUAAAAACAGUAGUCAGAGGUGUUUAUAGUUAUAAUCUAAUGAACCCUAAGAAACAAGUUAGUUUCAUUAUUAAAAAGCUUGAGGAAAUGGGAUACAAAAGAGUGUCUUUUAAAGUUGAUACAGAAAAGAAUCUAGAUGAGUAUAAAGAAUUUGAAAUGAAUGAGAAUAGUUAUUUGUUGAAGGGUGAUGUGUUACAUUACUUUAUAGAAGAUUGUGAUAAAAAGAAUAUUAACUUUACUAUAGAAAAAUUUGAUGAAGUUGAUUCGGAAGACAUUUGUUAA